AUGUUUAUUAGUAAAUGAGAUAAUACCCACAUAGCUGGAGGUAAGGAACUUCAAUUUUUUGUUUUGAAUGGAAUGGAUCAAGUUUUUCAUUAUUGUAAUAGAACUUUAUUUGAUCUAUCUAACUGUGAGAUAAAUAAUACUAUCUCCCCCAUCCGUGAGCGAAUAAACCAUUUGGAAAAAUCUCUCUUUUUUGCCCAAAAAUUCACCCUCCAUGAGCGGACACAAUUUAUUUAUUAAAAAAAUCUUAUAUAUAAGUGAUAAUUAAUGAAAUCUCUAGAUCAUCUUUGAACAAAUUUUCCAAAAUAAAAUUAAUAUUUGUUUUUCCAAUUUUUGCGAAAAUGGAUUUUUUAAAAAUAUUUACUACUACAAAUUUAUAUAUAAAAUUUUUUAAAAUAAAAAUUAAACCCCCUUUAUGAGCGAACAAAAUCUUUUUUUGUUUCCUCACAGAGGGAGGAGUAAAGAUUUGGAAGUAAAGAUGAAUCUUCUUUUAUCUUCUGGUUUUGGAGUUUUGGUUAUUUGUCUUUUUAUUACUGUACCUUUUGCUGAAUAUUUUAUAAAUAGAGAAAAUAACCUUUGAAACCAAAUAAAAAUGCAGGCUCAUGGCCACUAUGAAGCUCUUAAAAUAAAUUGCCUUGAAAGAUUAUUAGUAAUUCAUAAUAAAACAGACACUUUAUUUUCUGAUAGCAAGCAUACCAGUAAAACCGCAAAUUUCAAAAAUCGCUGAAAAUAUUUAUGAAGAAAUUCGCUUUACUUUGUAUUGGCAUUGAUUUUCUUUUUACUUCCCCUCUUUAUUUAUCGGCUAAGUUAAUUUGGUAUAAAUAUAUUUUGAAUAUUUAAAUUGGUAGCGAUGUAAAAUAUAACAUUAUAAAUUAAAUUAUUUAAUUGGAUAAUAUUUUAAAAAAUAUCGCCCUUUGAUUAAUUUCGUUAAUCAGGGAGAAAUAGUAAAUUAUUUUUAUUUGUAUCAUAACUGCGCUGCAUUUUUACAUUUAAGGCCAAGCUUACUGAGGUCUAUUAUAAAUUCGCAAGUGCUGUAUAAGACUUUAUUAGUAUGGACAAGUGAAGCAUUAGUAACGAGAUUGCCAUCUUCUUUAAUAUAUCAAACCCCAGAACAGUAUCCAUUUAUUGAUGCAUAUAAUAAACUGGAUAUUGUUAUAGAAUCUUUAAAAUUCUCUGAAAAAGAAAUCAGAAGCUCAAAAUAUUCUCCUUUACUAUCUGAAGAAUUUAAAGAGAUAUUUUAUAAAAAAACCGAAGGUUUGAGAGAAAUUACAGAUUAUGGAAUUUAUUCAGCUGGAGGAAUAAUACCAUUAGAUGUUUAUUAUCUAGAAUAUAGCGGCCGAAGUGACUGGCUUGUGAUGUGAUUUAAGUUUUCAAAUGAUGCAAUAAUUUUGGAUUUAGAAUACGAUUUAUUAAUAGAUUUAGCAAAUAAAGACUCACAAAACGUAAUUUUAGGACAAUUGCAGUGGAUUAUUAUUGCGAUGAUAAUUUUUGUAUUAAUCUCAUUUAUUUUAUACUUUUGAUGCUAUUUGUUCUUUUUGGCUGGAGAAAAAAAGAAUCUUGAAAAAAUGAAGAUAAUAUCAAGACUUAUACCUAGAAAAUAA